CUGUUUUUCUGCUGCUUCUUGCUCCUGCUGCUGUGGAUGUUGCGGUCUGACCGUGGAAAAAAAACACCAGCAGACAUCCAGUGAAUUUACACCUAAUUAACCCAGCCUUUAUUCAGCACACAUACGGAUUGUUAUCUGAAGAUGCGUUAUAAUUAGCCUGGAGAAAUCAUCAUCGUCUGUUGUGAUCUGACACAAAGACAGACGCACUGGUUUGAUUUCUGUCCUCGGUAUUACUGGAGGGACACACGGAACAUCGCCGAAACGGAUAAAUAAACACGAUGUCGUCGGAAAAACACGGAUUGGAGGAGGCGGCAGGGAGGCAAGCCAUGUCUCAGCAGAUGUCACAGAUGGCUCCACCUCCCUAUCUCCCUACCCAGGACCCCAACAUGCCCCCACAUCCUCCUCCACCUGGCUGUGGCCCGCAGCCUAAUUAUCCCCCUCCCCCUCCUCCACCUGGAUCAAAUGGGUACCUGCAGGAGACCCAGUUCCACUGUGGGACCCUUGGGCCCCAGGGAGCUCCGAACAGCUACACAGUGCAGACGCAUGGACCAGGAGGCACCGUUCCUCAUCCUCCAGUGGGCUAUUUACAUCCAGGAUACCCCCUCCAGCUGCAGCCCUGCACGGCAUAUGUGCCCGUCUAUCCGAUAGGAGCAGGGGCACAGCCUUACCUGCCGAACAGUGCCCAUCAUUCAGGUGUGGCCCCUGGUCAGAUGAUGCAGAUGCCCUCUGGCAUUGCUCUGAUGGAGCCUCGCCGUCCACCUCACGACUACUUGCCCAUCGCCGUCCUCACCACUGUCUGCUGCUUCUGGCCCACAGGAAUAAUCGCCAUCAUCAAAGCCGUGCAGGUGCGUACUGCUGUUGCUCGGGGCGACAUGGUUACGGCAGAGAUCGCCUCGCGUGAGGCACGUAACUUCUCUUUCAUCAGUCUGGCUGUGGGCAUCGCCUCCAUCGUGCUCUGCACCAUCCUCACCGUGGUGGUCAUCAUCGCCUCUCAGCACCAUGAUGACGACUGGGAGCCUUAGAGCCUCAGUGCAAGGAUGAACACCCCACCCCCCAGCCCCAAAAACCCCAUGUCACCAUUCCAGACGGUAUUCUGCUUCACAAAGCACAGAUCUGAGGCUUGGAAAUUCAAUAUUACAACCAUUUUCCCAUGUAUUAGUCACAAGAUAGGUCAACAGUAUAGUAAAUCUGAGUCUGGGGAAACACAACACGUCUACCAUACUGUAAACGUGCACACACUCACAUUAACCUACCUGAACACUCCCUCUUUGUCCUAAACAAACACCUGUAUUUGAUCAAUAAGAAAAAGAAUAUAGUGUACUAAAGACUCAAGUCAGUUCUGUUGUGUUAUCAUUUUGCUCUUAAAAUUUGCCAAAAACAUUGCUUUUUAAAAGAAACAAGUAUUACAGAAACAAUAAUGGUGUACUGAUUAUUUUGAAAUUAUUAAUUGUGAUUUUUAAAACAUUCCAUCUAUUAUUUAAAACUGUAUUGUACAACAGAUAAAUUCUCUCUUUGCAGGUUACACUGCCAAAUUUAGUAACUGAAGAUGUGGAUAAGUUAUUUGAUUUCUAUACAAAAGUAUUGAACAUUGUAAAAUAAUAUAUUGAAUAUUUAAAAAUAGAUUACAAAUGUUACUUUAUUAAAUGUUACACCAAUUUUCACAUUCACUCAGUUUACCCAAAGGAACUUUUAUAAUAUAGUUUAGAAAUGUAUAUAUCAGUAUUGUUAACUCAUUUGUUUCUUCUCUGAAACCCAAGGCUAGAAACAUACUUUACGCAUGUACGCAUUCGCGAAUGCUUAGCAAACGCAUUGCUAGCACACAGUUCCGUUGUACAUAAAGCGACAUUGUCUCAUUUAUGCACUACUAGCACAAAAUGGAAUUGCAAUCUGUUUUGUUUGAGCAGCUCAACUUUGCAAUAUUGGUUCAACUAAAAGCUUGAGUUUUGGGCAGGGCUAUCUGUUUGUCCAAUGUGAUAGAGUUGACAAAUAUCUGAGACAUUAAACUGGAUGUGUUAUAAUUCAGUCUGGCUAUAAAUGUUUAGAAAGUUUAACUAAACUUCUCUUCAUACUGUUUCUUUGCCAUCGCGGUACACUAAUAAAGUUUAUGCUCAUAUACAGUGGCAAGAAAAAGUAUGUGAACCCUUUGGAAUUACCAGCAUUUAUGCAUAAAUUUGUCUUCAAAUCUGGUUUGAUCUCAAUAAUCAAGUCAAUAAUGAACAAACACAAUCUUUUUUUAAAUUAAUAACAUAUAAAUUUAAAUAUAAAUAUAAAUUUAAGUUCAAUAUCUUGAACAUAUUGAAUACAUCAUUCAAACAUUCACAGUGUAGGUUGGAAAAAAGUAUGUGAACCCCUAGGCUAAUGACAUCAACAAAGCUAAUUAGAGUUAGGAGUUGGCAAACCUGGCAUCCAAUUAAUGAAACGAGAUUGUAGGUGUGAGUUAGAGCUACUUUGACUUAUAAAAAGCACUCAAACAUUUUGAGUUUGCUAUUCACAAGAAGCAUCUGCUGAAGUGGACCGUGUCUUGCAAAAAAGAGAUUUCAGAAGACCUACGAUCAAGAAUUGGUGCUUUGCAUUAAUCUGGAAUGGGUUACAAAGUUAUCUCGAAGAGUUUAGAUAUUCAUCUGUGCACAGUUAGACAAAUUGUGUAUAAAUGGAGACGAUUUAGUUCUGUGGCUACUCUCCCUAGAAGUGGCCGUCCAGCAAUGAUGACUAAAAGGGACCACCGCAGAAUGCUCAAUUAGGUUAACAAAUAGAACCCUAGAGUGACCGUUAAUGACUUGAAGGAAUCAAUGGAACUGGUUAACAUCUCUGUUCAUGAGUCUACUAUACGGAAAACAUUAAACAGGCAUGGUGUCUGUGGCAGGACAUCACGAAGGAAGCCGCUGCUUUCCAAAAAAUGCAUUGCUGUGCACCUGAAGUUUGCCAAAGACCACCUUGACACUCCAAAACACUACUGGAUAAAUGUUUUGUGGACUGAUGAAACUAAGGUUGAAUUGUCUGGGAAGAACACGCAGCACUGCAUGUGGCAUAAAAAGAAACCGCAUACCAACAUAAAAACAUCAUCCCAGUGGUGAAGUAUGGUGGAGGGAGCAUCAUGAUUUGGGGCUGCUUUGCUGCUUCGGGGCCUGGACCACUUGCCAUCAUCAAGGGGAAAAAUGAAUUCCCAAGUAUAUCAAGAUAUCCUACAGAAUAAUGUCAGGGUGGCUGUGCGCCAACUGAAGCUCAGUAGAAGUUGUGUGAUGCAGCAGGACAAUGAUUCACUACAGAAUGGCUUAAAAAAAAGAAAAUCCACCUUUUGGAGUGACUCAGUCAGAGCCCAGAUCUUAACCCAAUAGAGAUGCUGUGGAAUGACCUCAAGUGAGCCGUUUACACCAGAUAUCAUAAGAAUAUGGCUGAGCUGAAGAAGUUCUGUAAGGAAGAAUGGUCUAAAAUUCCUUCUGAACAUUGUGCAGGUCUAAUCUGCAGCUACCGGAAACGCUUGGUUGAGGUUAUUGUUGCCAAAGGAGGAUCAACCAGUUAUUAAAUCCAAGGGUUUACUUACUUUUUCCACAGCACUGUGAAUGUUUAAUUGGAUGUGCUUAGUAAAGACAUGAGAGAUUAUAAUUGUUUGUGUGUUGUUAGCUAAAGCACAUUGUGUUUGUCUAUACUUGUGACUUUGAUGAAGAUGAGAUCACAUUUUGUGACCAAUUAAUGCCAAACCAUAAAACCACCUAAUUCCAAAGGGUUCACAUACUUUUUCUUGCUACUGUAUAGCACCUCAUCUGGCCAUGCUGAGAAUUAAUUGCAUUCUAACACAUUUUGGAAUGUAACAACGUGUAUUUUUUGCAAUUGAGCAUGCGUAGCUAGAAGCGUUUGCGUUCACGUACUUGCGUAGCAUAUGUUUCGGCAGAAGUGUUCCCAAGUGUUCAGUUUUCCCCAUGUCAGAGAUGCUGAAAGAAUGUAUUGUAGGGUGAAAUUAUUGCUUCAAUAUUGACUUUUGUAAAAUGGCUCUUCAUUGUGGGAAGACAUGGCAUUUCUGUGUUGUGAAAUAGUGUGUUAUUUAUUGUUUGAACACUAAAUUAUUAAUUUGUGUAUGAAGCUGAUAAUUCUAUAUUUAUUGAAAUACGUAAUCAUAGGUCUAGUCGCUGUGCUGAAAUAUUUUGUUAUCUUUCCUAGAUAACAGUCAAUCAGAUUAUUGCUGGCAUAUUUUGAUGAAGCAUGUAGUAAUAUGCACUUUUAUGCUCAGUAAGCAAGUAGCUAGUUUGUCUCACUUCUUUGUAGAUGAGAGCGUAACUUGCUUCAAAUUCUGACCUCAUUGAAACUCUACACAUGCUGCUGACAGUGAGCUGUAGUUUGAACGCAUAUAGCACAAUAUUUUGGUUAAAUUUUAGAGAAUCAAAAGAUCCCAGAGAGUUAGGACAUAUAGAUUAUACCGAAAACAUAGAUGCAAUGAUUUAGAUUUUUAUUUUAAGACUCUAACAAAUGAAUUCAUCUCUAAAUGCAUACAUUUGUGUCAAACUCUUAUUUAUCAGUCAAACUUUAAUUUUCAAUUUCUGAUCCUUCAAGAAACUGUCACCCAAAAGUGAAAAUGAUGUCACUUACACUAAUGUUGCUCUAAACCCAUGUGAUUUCUUUCUUCAGUCGAGCACAAAAAAGGAUAUUAGGACAAAUGUUCAUGCUGCUCUUUUCCAUACAAUGAAAGUGAAUAGGGACUGGGGCUUUCGUGCUCCAAAUUGCAUGGACUACUUUUAUGCUGCUUUUUUGUCAUUUUUUGACAGCCCCAGUAUUCACUUUCAUCAUAUUAAAAAGAGGAGCCAGGACAUUCUGCUAAAUAUCUCUUUUUGCGUUUUUAUGAAGGAAAGCUCAGAUGUGUUUAAGUAAAUGACCAAAUUUUCUUUCAAAACAAUAAUGGUACAGUGUUUUUUAUAUUUGUGGAUAAUUUUUAGAAUUUCUACAUUUCAGGCUUGACAGUUGUACUGAGAGUAAAGUGUGCGUCAUUGCUUCAGUGAAAUACAAGCCCAUUUUGAUAAAUGAAUGUGUCCCAUAAUUAAUUAGGAAAGAGGAGAGAAAAGUGUCAUUCACGUCAUUUUUCAGUACUUUUUUCCCCCUUUUACCCUAUGUCUAUCAAUUUUAAGUUUAUUUUGUUUAUUUGUGUCAUUUGAACUGCAUCAUAUCUUUCUUUUCCUGCUCUCUUGAAUUAGUUUCUAAUAUCUACAGUAUCUGAUCUAUUUUGAACAUUGACUUGCAGAAUAUAGCAAAUGUUUUGCUGAACUGUUUGUUGAAUGACUUCUGAUGUCUUGUUUUUAACUGUUAAGAGGUGUGAUUGUACAUGGUUGUGUUUAUAUGGGCUACAUCUAAAAAUAUGGCCCUAGUUUUCUAAGAACUAUUCAAGAGAGUAUAGUUUCAAUAGGACUCCUAUGUCUCUUACUAAGACAAACUGGUCGGAUAAUGUUAUUUUGGUGUUUUAAGGUUGUGCAAACACUGUACAGCUGAUGUAAACCUAGCUUGUUUAUAAAUAGCCCAGCAAUAUGUAUUUUCACACAGUUGUGAUAUAAAGCUAAUGCUUUAUUGUUAUGAACAUGGCCACUAAAAUCGUAUUAUCUGUAGUUUCUGCACACGGUUUCUCUAAGCUUGUAAAUGCGACAGUUUAUUCAAAUGCAGGCUCCCUUGUGUUUGUGUGCUUCUAGAGAUUUAUUCUUUUGAAUCUCAUAAACAGGUUACAGUCAUAUUUAACCCCAAAAUAAUCAACUAUAUUUUGCUUAAAGAAAAUGCAGCCUGUUUAUAGGACCAUAGGAUUUUUUGCUUUGUGGCAUUUUUAUGAUUGAGCACAUUUUCCCAAAAUGUUCUUAUUAUGAAAAUGUCACAAUGCAAAAACUCAUAAUGGACCAAAAACAGGCUUCAUUUUAUUAUUGCAAAAUAGAAUUUCUUUUGAUUUGGGGUUGAAUUGUGACUUUGUGAGAUUCAGGCUUUUGGAGACCAAACAUUAAUUUGCUUUGUAUGAUUCCAGUGGUUUGAAUUAAAGAGGAAUACCUGGUUGUGCAAGAA